AUGUUGCCUUUUAUUUAUGGCCGCAGAUAAAUCCUCACUUUCGGUACCAAGUUCAAUGAGCUGUCUUCCAAAAAGUCAUCGCCGACCGCAUCGCCUCCUUUUUUCUACAGUUCCACGUUAGGAGUGAGUCGCGCCUCUGUCUUUUCAGUUCUUCUCUUAAAUCUCUGUGGCAUCCAAAGCCCAGCCGGAACUGCUCUCCCUCACCCCCGCCCCCCCAAAAAAAAAGGAAGUUAAAAGAAAAUGGCUUUUUCUGAGUUCAGGCCACUAGAUGAGAAGUCACUCAUCGAAUACAUAAAAGCGACGCCGUCUUUAUCAUCGAAGAUUGGGGGCAAUUUCGAUGAUUUAAAGAUUAAGGAAGUUGGAGAUGGCAAUCUUAAUUUCGUCUACAUCAUUGUUGGCACUUCUGGUUCUUUUGUCAUCAAGCAGGCGCUUCCGUACAUACGAUGUAUAGGGGAAUCUUGGCCAAUGACAAAGGAACGAGCAUAUUUCGAAGCGUUAGCGUUAAAAGAACAUGGUGGAUUGUGCCCUGAACAUGUUCCUGAAGUUUAUCACUUUGACCGUACCAUGUCUUUGAUUGGAAUGCGAUAUUUAGAGCCUCCCCAUAUAAUCCUGAGAAAAGGGUUGAUUGCUGGAAUCGAAUAUCCAUUCUUGGCGGAACAUAUGUCAGAAUACAUGGCCAAGACUCUUUUCUUCACAUCUCUCCUAUAUCUGUCAACCACAGAGCACAAACGUGCAGUGGCUGAGUUUUGUGGGAAUGUGGAACUAUGCCGGCUCACCGAGCAGGUCAUUUUUUCUGACCCAUAUAAAGUAUCUAAAUAUAACCGUUGGACUUCACCUUAUCUCGACCGUGAUGCCGAGGCUGUCCGGGAGGAUAAUAUAUUGAAGCUUGAAGUAGCUGAAUUGAAAUCUAAGUUCUGUGAAAGAGCCCAGGCCCUUGUACAUGGAGAUCUCCAUACUGGUUCUGUCAUGGUUACCUGUGAUUCAACUCAGGUCAUAGAUCCAGAGUUUGCAUUUUAUGGACCAAUGGGAUUUGAUAUUGGUGCUUUUAUUGGAAACUUGAUUCUGGCUUUCAUUGCACAAGAUGGACAUGCUGAUCAAGGGAAUGACAGAAAAAUAUACAAAGAGUGGAUAUUGAAGACAACUGAGGAUACUUGGAAUCUUUUCCACCAAAAAUUCACUGCACUUUGGGAUGCACACAAGGAUGGUCCUGGGGAGGCAUACCUUCCAGCAAUUUAUAACAACCCUGAGCUUCAGAAGCUUAUACAAGAAAAAUAUAUGAAGGAAUUGUUCCAUGACACACUUGGGUUUGGUGCUGCUAAGAUGAUAAGGAUCGUUUUCCUUCUAGUAAAUUCAGGCAACCUUACUCGUUUGACUCGAGGAGUCUUCCUCUACAGGAGAAUUGUUGGUGUUGCUCAUGUUGAGGAUUUUGAAUCAAUUAAAGAGGUGAGCAUAAGAGCAGAUUGUGAGCGACGGGCUCUUGACUUGGCCAAGACUCUUCUCAAGAAGAGGCGAGAAUUCGUGUCAAUUAGUGAAGUUAUUUCAGCCAUUAAGCAUGUUCAAUCAUGAUUUAAAUUACCUGAAAAUUGAUGUUUUGCUCCCGGUGUAUCAGUUCCCUCAUUGAGCAUCUUCAAAAUGUUUUUCCUGGGCCAAGCCGCUCUGACUGGAGUUAUUCCGACUGUGAGUUUUGGCCCAUUAAUUAUUAUGUGAAACUGUUGUCUGCAGCUAUAUAAGCUUUUGAUCUAAAUAGUUAGAAGGUUUUUCACGAUCUAGACAUUACUACUGUUUGUAAUUUAAUAAAGUUUUCAUGCACCACUGAAGGCCUGCCGGCCUUGGAUUGUGAGUUUAUGAGAAAAAUUCCCUGUUUCUGUUAA